AUGUCCGUCCCCGCGUCCAUGAAGGCCAUCGUCGUCGAGGCACUCGGCGGCCCCGAGGUCCUCGAGUUCAAGACCGACUACCCCGUGCCCACCCCGAAGGAGGGCCAACUUCUGGUCAAGAACAACAUUUGUGGCAUUAACUACAUCGACACCUACUUCCGCACCGGUCUCUACCCCUCCCAGAAGCCCGAGGUGCUGGGCCGCGAAGCCGCUGGCACUGUUGUCGCCCUGGGUCCUGGUCCCAACCCGUACAAUUUCCAGGUCGGCGACCGCGUCGCCUGGCUCGGCACCGGCGGGUACGCCGAGUACACAGCCGUUCCCGCAGCCAAGACGGUCAAGAUCCCCGCAGGCGUCUCUGAUGAGGACGUCAUGGCCUCGUUCCUCAGCGGCUUGACCGUCCUGUCCUUCGCCAAGGAAACAUACGCCGUACAGAAGGGCGAUUGGGUUCUGCUGCACGCGGCGGCGGGCGGCGCCGGCUUUUUGAUGACCCAGAUCCUCAAAUCUAUGGGUGCGAAGGUGAUCGGGACGGCUGGUGGCCCCGAGAAAGUCGCGCUGGUCAAGGGCCUGGGGGCCGACCACGUCAUUGACUACCGCAGUGAGGAGGGCAAGGACUGGGUCUCGAAGGUGAAGGAGAUCACGGGUGGUCGUGGCGUGGAUGUUGUCUACGACUCUGUGGGCAAGGAUACUUGGGAGGGCAGCUUGGAAGCGGUCAAGAGAAAGGGAACGAUUGUCUGGUUUGGAAACGCCAGUGGCCCUGUUCCCCCGCUUCCUCUCAACAAACUCUCGCCCAAGUGCGUCAAGGUCGCCCGGCCGACCCUGUUUGGAUACAUCGAGACCCGGGAAGAGUUCGAGUACUACGUCAACGAGUUGUUCACCCUUCUCAAGUCUGGCCAACUCAAAGUCAAGAUUCACAAGGUCUAUCCUUUGGAGCAGGUUGCUCAGGCGCAUAUCGAUCUGGAGGGCAGAAAGAGUACCGGCAAGUUGUUGCUGAAGGCGUAA